GUGAAAGAACACCCAAAACAUCAACAAGACUCCUCCACAUCGUCACCGCAUCACAGCAGUAAACAAUGGUCGUCGAUGACAAGUACGGGCAGCGAUGCGUCUUUCGAGAGUACGGGCGGUGCAAGAUCGGCACCACCUGUUGUUGGUUCGUACGAAGGCUUCGGAGAAGAGAGCUGCGGGAAACCGCCAUUAGUCAGGACCCAGGCGGUUAAUUGGGCCGUAAGGAGAGAGCCGAUACGGCACGCUUCCGAUGGCGCCUCCCAGCAACGCUCCAUCGGAAUGUCAAGUUCCAGCGCCGCUUCUAGACGAACAUGGCGGGACAGGCCGGCAACAGGGGAGGCUCGGUCACCGGACGGGGUGUAUCCGUACGACCCCGCCCCCGACAAACUGGAGCAGAUUCUGGGCAGGCCAGAGAAGCCUGCGAGGACUGGCGCACGCAAAGCGAAUAGGAGUCAUGUGCGCAGUUUGGGGGAGGAGACUGACGGCGCGGCUGGCUUAGGGGGUCUCGCAGGAGAAAAAGGAGUGUUGGGGACCAUCGACGAGGCUAGGGCCCAUCCCGACUUCACGAGGACCCCCAAAGAUUCCCUCUCACUGAUAGAUACGAGUAGUACAAAGCAAUCUACCCCGAAGAGGCAUAGGCAGAAUUUACCCCAAUUAGAUUUAAGGAGAAGGAAUAGCGAUCCCGCAACGAAGCCUGUGUCGGACGAUGUUAGUCCUGCUAUUAAAGGAAACGAUUACAAGUGGCAUGAUGUGAAUACUUUAUCAAUGGCUGGUCAUAUGUUCAGGAAAAAUCCACGUAUCUCGAAGGAUGAUCUCUGCCAAUUCUGCAAGGUAAAACUGGACGCAUUCAAGGCGCCUGGAUACAAGUGCACCGGAUGCAAAUGGCACUUCCACACCACCUGCAUCCAGAACAAGGGCGUGCUGCAGGUGCCCUGUCCGGUUGCGGUGCAGGACGUAAGGGUGGGCGAUCAUCACGGAAGGGCGACUGUGGUGUCGGUGGCCGGCAGGCGGAAACAACGGAAACACAGCCGUGCGCACCAAUACGACCCCAGGAAGGUGGAGGAUGCUGCGGGAGGCAAAUUCAGCUUGACCGGCACUAGCGAGUUCACUGAUCGGACUGAUCAGAUCAUUACAGGUGCUGAUGAACUCACCCUUAUGCAGCAGUUCAUAACUGAUAAAAUAAUGAAGAUGGAAGGCGGAAAAAGUAGUGAAGUAGAUAAAUUAUUCAAACAAGCUCUGAGGGAGUUUAAGGACAACUUAGUGCAGAUGUACAGUAAUGCAACGAAGCAUAAUAGUUUGGAAUCGUGCAAUAUUAAAUACAAGGAUCUAAUUGUGGUCUUUAUACAGGCCAUGGAAACGGUGUGCCAAAGAGAACAAAAAUCGAACGAAAUGAAAGACUUUCCAGUAACUAUGGGCGUGAACGCGUUUCGUGGUUUUAUGAAUGAGUUCAUGUCCAGUAGAGCAGAGGAAAAACCAUCGAAAUCGAAAAGAAAGAAAGAGAAGAAACGAAAAGUUGAGAUGCACAAGCAUAACGGCCACACCUUCCUUCUCACGAUUAUCAACAUACCCACUGCAUGUGAGAUUUGUAGUUCGUUUUUUAUGUGGCCCAUCGAAAGGGGUUUGGUAUGCCAAAGCUGCAAGAUGACCUGCCAUAAAAAGUGUUACACGAACGCCAGCCAGUGCCAGAAAGAGUCGGGGUUGCAAGGGGAAACAAAAAAGGUGUUCGGUGCAUCCUUAGUUACUCUGCUUACAGAAGAUAACAAAAUACCACCGGUGAUAGAGCGAUUGCUCAGCACGAUAGAAUUGUAUGGACUGUAUACGGAAGGGAUAUAUCGAAAGUCUGGCGUUAGUUCGAAGAUCAAGGAGCUGAAGCAUAAGAUGGAUGAGAACCCUGACGAGGUCGAGUUCGAAAAGUAUCAGGUCCACGUAUUGGCCUCUGUCUUGAAAAGCUUCCUGCGCGAGAUGCCGGAGCCGUUGUUAACCUUCGAAUGCUACGAGAACUUCAUAACGGCGGCGAACCUGGCAAACGAGCAGGACCGUGUCACGACGCUGUACGAUAUCCUGAAGAAGCUGCCACCUCCCAAUUAUGACCUGAUGGAGCGACUGAUGUUCCAUCUGGCCAGAGUGGCGCUUCACGAGGAGACCAAUAGGAUGAGUGCAUCCUCAUUGGCGAUCGUCUUCGCGCCGUGCGUGCUCAGGACGAAUAAGCUUGUGCCAGCUCAGGAAAGCUUAGUAGAUAUCGCGAGUCAGACGGCGUGCAUAGAGACUAUCAUCAAAGUACAAUUGAAGAAAAUCAGAAGUACGCUGGAUGACAUCGACACAUUAGAUACUGCUUGCCAGGCGGCCACCAAUAGGUUGUCGUCCUUAAGGAGUUCAAAGGUGUUCAGUCCUGACGAAUUGGUUCCACAGAAUCAGACUUCACAGGGUCAAACGACGGACGACGAGGAGCACCUACUGGUUGAUCACAUCCAGGAGAUCCAGAAAGAAAAGGAGCACCUCACUUCCACAUUACCUACGCUUACGCAUGCCACGUCAGAUGACGACAUGCUAUCUACAGAUGGUGACGGCAGUCUGGAUGACCUGUCGUGUAUUGACAGACCACGGCCAAGGCCUGUUGUCAGGUCAGUAUCUACUUCGGGACCAGGCCAGACGAAGGCCAGGCGGCAGAUAUCGUCUGAACCGAAGCUACAAGACGAUAGUGAAGAUGCUAUAAUGGUGUAGAGACAGAGUGUGAAAGUAUGUGCUGAAUGUGAAAGAACUUUUUACUCCAGGUGAAUGUCAAUGAUCGGAAUUGGAAGGUGAUGACAACAGCUGCAUAUGUGAUAAUUCUCCAGUAUUUUGUGUCUCUCAUGUUUAUUUGAAUUUCAGUGAUCAUUCCUGUGGUGCAAAUGGUGAUUAAUUAGAGGUACUGUAUCGACUGAAUCAGGUUAUCUUUGUUGUUGAAAAAAGAAACAUUCUUGGCAGAUAAUGUUUUUCACUACGGCUGUUACUGCAGUCAUUGUGGUCUAUUUUGGAGUUAGAAUUACCAGCGACCCGAUCGAACAUUUCGAGUGGUAUUUGAUGACUGUAUCGCGCAAUGAUAAUACACUGCCUCACCUUCAGACUGUUUGGCUUCAACAAGAUGGCGCACGCUACUAGCGCACAGCCGGCGACAACAACUCUGCGAGCAGAUAGUAUCUCGUUUCUGAUCGACAAAUUAGUCGCGUAGAUAGUACCUUUAGACGUUUUCCUUUGGGGACUAUGUCUACAUGGAUACGAGAGUAUGCCAAAUAUCACUCGAAAUGAGCCACGUUAACCGCAGCGACGGAAAACAUUUAAAAGCAAUAAUUCGCAAAAAUUAAAUGUAAUAUUUUUUUGUUUUGUUUGAUAAUAAAGAUAACCCGACAUAGUUGCUGGUUUUCGUUUUUUCUAUGCUUUAAAAAAGUACAUAUAUUGGACUUCAAAGUAAAAGUGUUGAUCUUGAAUUAUAAACAAUCAAAAUCAAAGUUUGUUUUUACUCAUACACAUUUAUGAGGUACAUCAGAUCAUUUCUGUUACAAACUACAGUUGAUACUAAGUGAUCCAUUAUGAUUAUCAAAGUUAACUUUCAUGUGUAGCAAGAUGAUACAAAAAAUACGUCAUUAUAGUGUCACAUGUCUCUACUCAUCAUCUUCCCGUCCAAGUCAAAAGUGUACAUAUUUAUAUAUAUAUAUAUAUAUAUAAAAAAUAAUAUUUUUUAAAUUAUUGUGUGAUACCACACCUAAGAGUUUUUCUUUAAGUUUUUACUUCUUUCUAUUUCCGGUAUAAGUAUAUCGAUUGUUGUUCGAUACAAUUAUAUAUAGAUACGUGAGUGAUAUGUAAAAUUCAAUUCUAUGUGAAAUGUGUUGGAGCCAUGACAGUUCUGGAUGUUGCUGUUUCAUUAUGUGACUGGACGUCAGGGGCGCUGAUUUAUUGAUAUGUGACGUUGUCAAAGAUAUAAUAAUAUCUUCUAUUUGUUGACUUAAAAAAUUAUCAUCACUUAGAUAAUGGUGGUUCUGUUAACAAACUUCAAAAUUAAAUUUACUUUGGAAGAUGAGUGACAAACUCAUCAGUACCCAUUGCAUCAUAUUUAUACGAAGUUACAUAAUGUUCCUCAACAGGAGUCAUGUGCAUACCUGCGCGGCUGAUAUGGUUUCAAAACGUAUGAUCGGUACUUAUUUCUAUAAAUGUGAAUGCACUGUCAUUUGUUUUACCGAUUAAAUUGACGUUAGAAUACGUUGAAUGUAUUAUCCUAUAUCCACCAAAACAGAAAAACAAAAUCUAGCCAAGAAUACGGAAAUGUAUUUCUAAACAUCAACCCAUUAUUUGGAUUAAAACGCUAAUGGAUAGGUUUUACUAUGAAUUUUCUCGGUAGGGUUUUGGUAGUUGUGGUGCCUCGUAGCCUUGAUAUUUUUAGACUGCUUUUUUCAGACGUAUGGAUGAGUUUAAAAACUGAAUAAUCAAAAUCAGUAUCAGAAGUUCACAAAAUAUAAAGCAAAAUUCCCUGUCCAUCAACUAAUGUGAUUUUGGAAAAGCGUUUGUCGUUUAUUAUAUUACUGCUGAAGGUAGUGUAUUCUUCUUUAAAUAGAAGUUGAAGUUUCCACCAAUAAUUUAGUUUCGAUCUGUGUAUUGGAAUAAUAAGAUACGUAACAACUAAUAAAAUUUUAGUAUAUUCCUAUACUGGCUAGUUAAAUAAGCAUGAUAAUCAAAAAUUAUUUAUUGUCUGUGAUUUUAAUUGAUUUAAACUCGCCCCUGACUGGAUGGCCAGUCUCUAACAUAAAAAUAGUUGUCAGAGUACGAAAGGCAGGGUAAUAACCAAUUUAGAGAAUGUAAAAUUUUAUAUAUUGAUAAGUGAGUGAAUUGUAUUAGGAAAAUUGAGUUUCUAAAACCAUUGGGGAUAAAUCAUUUGAUAUUGAGUGAGAAAUUUGUACAAGGAUAAAAAGGGUCAUCUUAUACAGUGGUGUAUUGAGACUGGCAGCUUGUUUGUCUCAAAAGCUUAUGUAGACCUAAACUGUUACUCUUUUCAAACUGUACUAAGCGCUAACAUGCUGACCAUCCUUACUUGAGUUUAAUUAUCAAUUGUCAUUUCUCCUAGUUUUUCUCAGUCAAGACACAGCCUAUGUUUGUCGCAGUGUAUGAGGUCAGCUACAGGUUAUGACCUGUAGCUGACUACUUAUGACUAACGUUUAAGAAUCAUUCUCACGACCACGCGAAUUUUGUUCUUAAAAUAAGUGAAUCUUUAAAUAAAUAUAGAUGCGUCAAAUCAAACAUGAACACUCUAUCGCUUCUAUUUGCUUAACGCUUCCCUUCCCAGGGACUUAUGGCCCGCUGGCUAGUGCGCCAAUAUGACCGUCGCGCGGCACCGAUUGUUUUGACAUUUAAAUACUUUGUAUAUCCAUUUACUGCAAUGAAAACAUUGAUGGAUCAACAGAUAGUAGUUUUGAUAAUAGUGUAUUACUAUUAAAUAUAUCUCGUAGAACAAAUAGAGUCACGUGAUUUACGGCUUAUCCCGUCAUCCACUUGGAUUACUAGUUAUCAUAAUUUUUGUCACUUUAAAACGCAAGCCGUAACUUGGUUGAGGGAAAUGACAACUGACAUUUAACUCAAGCAAGAACUUUCAGUGUGCAGCACUUCAUUAAUAUGUGAAGACGGCCCCCAAAAAAGGAAUGCUUUUCCCGUUGUAACCUGUCGUUUAUAACAUUUACAGUUCCAACAGUUAUUUGAAUGGGCGGCGUGUAUAAAAGAUGCUCGACAAUCAAGCGCUGCAUCUUCCCCGCAUUUACUUUGACACCUUAGUUCAACCCCUCUCUGUUUUUUGCACUGAUAAGAAAACUCCAACAGACUCUUUGUCCUUGGGCAUCCACGGCAUUUGAAUAUUUGUUUGACGGUUUCGAUGAGGUAUUUGGAAAAACAAUUAAAAAAUGUACUGAACUGAAGUUGUAGGAAUACAGUCGUAAAAAUUGUUUGCGAGCGCGUGACACUUGUAAAAACGGUAAAGAUGAAAUGCUAGAUCAUCGAUACACAGUCAAACUUAGUUUUUGCCUGACCAAGCUGCUACCGGGUUUCAGUAUUUUUGAGCAGUAAAUUUGAAUAUGGAGAGUUUAGUUGUGAUCAUUAGUAGGCUUAUACGGUGAUUCGAGGCUAGAGCUGUUUUAUUUUGGCCACCGAUUCGUCAUCACGGGUCGUUGAAGAGCGUGUAUGUAUGUGUAUGUCUUCAAAGGGUGAAGUCCAAUUUUGAAGCUGCUUGAAGACCUGGCUUCUGUUGUUAGGUUGUAUCCUCCAAACACUGCAUUGCAAGUGAUUGAGGUGUCGCGCGGGUGCCAUUCUGGUUAUUCAUCAAACGCCCCCAGUACCUUUACUCCCUGUACGUUUAUCACCUCGAUUAUCACCGAGAGGUCUGUUUUCCUAAUACAGUAGCUCUACUGUAACCUAAAGCGCUUAUAUUGACUUGUCUAUAAGAACAAAAAACUAAAUAAUGAUAGAGGAAUCAACGUAAAUUAUCUCAAAGCAAUCAGUUGAACCGCGUGUAUCUACUUGAUUUUUAUUUUGGAUGAUUGUAGUUAUCUCAAGCAUCAAACGUACUGUUUCAAAGUUUAUUGAUGUAUUCCAUUUCAAUGCAUUUAAGAAUAGUUUUUGGGUAAUAUUUCAUGAAUAUUCUUAUCUUACUGUUAUAGCCAAAUAAUUCUGAUCAAUACAGGUAAAUCUUACUGUCGCUUUUGUCGCUAAAUAUUUUAAUCAAAUGGACCUACCUGAUCUAAAAUGCAUUAUUUUAUCGGAGAUUUCGAUUCGUUCGGAACAUUUUUAGUUUUCAUUUCAGUGCAAAUAUUAAAUUCCAUGUUAACACGUUUCACUUUUUCUAUUACUAAAAUUAAUAUACAGUGCUUUUCAAAAGCCUCCACUUAUUUUUUGAAGAGUGAAGACAUUUUGGGUUAUAAAAUUGAUGCAUGAAUAUAUCUUAAGGUUAAGGUGGCAAUUCAAAACUUUAAUAUGGCGGCUGUUUCAUUAAAUAGAAGGCAGGUCAUGUAUGUUAUCAUAGUAUAUCAAUUUUCUUCUUUCUAUCCAAAAUACGAAAGAUUCCAUUAAAAAAUUCAAAAUCUGCCUUUUUCAAACCCAUUCCAUAUUUUAUUGCAUAUUCAGAUAGGUAGUCCCAAAAGAAGAAUAUUGAUAUAACAUAUUAUGUAUCCUUCACAUCUUGAAAUUUAUAUUAUUUUAAUGUUAAAACAUUGUAUCCGUGCAUCAAUUCCAUGACUCCGAAUGUUAUCUUGCUUACUUGACCUGGUUAAACAAAGAAGUGUAUCCCAUCUUUUUUAAAUGCACAAUAUAUUCCAUAUUAAUACAUUUCAGAGUAAUACCAUGCUCGUAGUAUUGGCAAUGUGCCAGUUAUCUGUUUCCAUAUAAAAACAUUUAUGAUAAAAUCGUUUAAAGGAUAGUGACAUUGUAAUCAGUAAGCUAAUCCCUCUUUUACAGCUAGUAUGUACUAAGUGUCUGUGUUUGUAUUUUCUCUUCAGAUAGUGAAACACUAUAUAUUUCCAAGAACUAUUCCUGUUGAUUUUGUUAACGAUGAUUGUGCCAAAAAGGCUGUACUUGUUAAAUUUUGAACUAGCUACAUGCACGUUUGUUGACCGUUAUUUAGUUCAAUGAUUUAUUAAAUAUGUGGAUUAUGCAAGAAUACUCAUUUUCAGUUGAAGACUUUAAAAGCAAGUUGAACCAAAGCAAUACCUAGAAUUAUAAGCCUAUUUCUUUCCAGAAUCAUUCUUUUCGUUGUUGAAAGUUGCGAAUUGACCGUUCUGUUAUUGCGCUGGUCACAAUUGAUUGAAGAUACAUUCAUAAAAAAUAUAAAAUCCAUGUUUUGAACGUCUUUUAUGAUGAAAAGUAUGAAGAUGUUCCAAAUUUCUGUGGGAGUUACGACUCUUGUUUCAGAGUUAACUAUUCACAAAAAUAUCUAUAUAAUAUCUUUUGUGAAUAUGCUGGCAGUUAAGGAGCGGAAUUUUGAAUAUAUUCAAUAUUUCUGGUGGCUCAAGUAGAAAUAUGGUUCGAUGUACUGUAUCAAAAUGUUAGUUCUUUGCUAGAAACAAGUGUUUUUAAGAUGGUGGAAGUCAAAUUUAGGAGUGCUCGAAGUCUAAAAUGAACUAUUCAAAUUGUGGUAUUGCUGUAGCCUUAUAGUGUGUCUCCAAUUCAGAUUGAACGAUCAGUCGCUUUGAUUAUCAGAAAACAUUUGUUAUAAAUCUAGGGCGGAUUUUGGAAAGACGCCCAACGUAUUGCUAUGUUUUUCUUUUCGAAAACUGACUGUAUAUACCAUAAAUUAGUUUGUCGUUUCUUGUUUGAAAGAAACGGAAGUUAUGUCUACAUCUGUUUUUCUAUCAUCACUUCUUCAAGUGAUAUGCAUUUGUUUUCUAAAUGCACAUAUUAGUCAUUUUUGUCUGAUGAAUGAUUAUUUAACCCUGCUUUAAUGUGUAAGUUUUGAAUAUUGUUUAAUUUACUAACAUUUUAUUGGUAAUAUUUUUUACAUUUUAUUUUUACAACUUUUAAUAAUAGCCUUGCCUAUUUAUUUAUUGUCAUUCCAAAUUCAUAUUUCUUGUUGCUUAAACUGUCUUAACAAGCUCAAAUGACUGCAUUCCUGCUGACGAUAUUGCAACAGGUUGCACCGGUAAAAAAUGUCACCAAAUCUAAAAGUUACAUCUUCGACACUUAUCUAGGUUUUGUUCGGAGAUUUUUGUCAGAGUAUUACUUUUUGAAUGCAUAAUACUGAGUGCACCUGGCCAUUUUCAUAAUAUUGAUUUUAAUGGAAAAUGAGACGCAUUUUCUAUAACAUAUUUACCGAUUUUUUCUUUUUUUCCGUUAUAUGGAGUAUUUCUAUGACUGAAUUUUGUUCUUAAUGUAAAUGUUGGUUAAGUAAACGUUUAUAUCUAAAUUAAUAAC